AUGGCGGACGACGUCAGAAAAAGGCUUGCCCAGCGAAAUGAAGAAAGAUUGCAAACAAUCAACCAACGGAGGGUCGAAAAUGACARGAAMGYGGAUCCUGAGGAAAGUAAAGAUAUGUUUCUUUCYACYUUUUCAAAAGAGAGAUCGGAGCUUGAGGAUCUUYUGAAAAAGUGUCAAAGUAUUGGAAASGACAAAAAUUCCAUUGCUGACCACUUUGAGCAAAUGUCAACAAAAUCCCAGCAGCUACAGAAAUAUUUGGCAGAUUCGAGCAUGUUUUUACCUAGUUACAACAUUAAAUCAUCUCAAGACAGGCUAAGCGCACUUCAGCAAGCUAUCAAUGAAGAGAGAGAAAGAUUAAUGCCAAAGAAAAAGUUUGCUUUUCGUUCKCGUAAAAAAGAAAUUGAGGUUUCUUCUACGGACCCAAAAAAUCAGGAUGUAGAAGAUGGUAUAGUAAGGGCAGCUCACACCAAACAKACAUCUAGUGGAUUCACGCAGUGCAAAAACAAAGAGCUGGUCAUGAAAGAGAAUGAAACAGUCCAGCAAGACAUAGUUUUGUCUGACUUGGAGGGUUGUACUGUGAAAUUACUAGGGCCAGCGUCAACCUUACAUAUGGACAGGCUAACAAACUGCAYGAUAUUAUCUGCUCCCAUCGGAACCUCUGUAUUUAUUGAUGAUUGUACAAACUGUACAUUUGCACUUGGUUGCCAGCAACUGAGAGUUCAUAAAUCCAAACAGUGUGAAUUUUACUUGCAUGURACUAGUAGGGCAAUUAUUGAAGACUGCUUUGAUGUUGGAUUUGCACCAUUUGUAAUGGAAUAUGACAACAAAUUAGAACACUUCCAGGCAGCUGGAUUAGAURUCAAUGAAAACAACUGGUCAUUGGUUAAUGAUUUUAACUGGCUGCGCAAAGAUGAGCAUUCUCCUAACUGGUUUAUUAUCCCGGAGGAGGUUAGGAAGGAUUUAACUCUGAAUUAAAGAAGAAAAUGGACCUAUCUAGUUAAUUUUUACAUUGGAACAUUCAAGGGUAUUUUAGUGAAUAUACAGUAAACUAUAUUGAUAUGAAAGUGUCCAUGMCAAUAAUUAUUUGAUUAUCCUAUUUAUAUCAAAUAGUAAUUUUUUAUUAGAAAUGAAGCUAAUUUGUUCUCCUAAAACUGCAACAAUUUUAAAAGAGUGUUACUAGUAAGCCCCCUCUAAAGCAACAUUUUUUAUGUGACAACUAUAUGUGGCAAUUUUUAUUUGUCCGUGUGGACAGG